AUGGAGCGUAAGGCCCGCUCCUCGCAGCUAGCUGCGGAGCAGGUGGCCCUGGUGAUUGCGGGCAUCCUUGGGGGACUGCUGCUACUGCUGCUGUUGAUGGUGGUGAGCCGGUGUCUCUGGAAGAGGCUUUGCGCCACAUUCGCCUAUGAGGAGCUGUCAGGGACCACGGCUGCCUCCAGCACACAGGGACACAAGCUCUGCCCACCGGAUGCCAGGACCCAGGCGAGCAGGCCACCAGGUGUACCAUUCGUGGUGCCCCCUUCCCUCCAAAGCCAAGACUGGGUGCCCCUAAGCAGCAGAGAGUGGGCCCAGGCCCCACAGGACCCCUGCCCAGCCCCGGAGCUCCUGCCUCAUGCCACCCGCAGCAAUCUUGGAGACGCAUGCGUGGUGGGGACCAUCAAUCCAGAGCUCUACAAGAUCCCGGAGGACAAAAGUGAGACCCACUUCCCUGAGGGCUGCCUGGGGCGGCUGUGGUUCUCUGUGGAAUACCAGCAGUGGGCCGAGCGACUGCUGGUGGGCCUGAUCAAGGCACAGCGGCUGCAAGCCCCCUCAGAGCCCUGUAGCCCCCUGGUGAAGCUCCACCUGCUACCGGAUGAGCGGCGCUUCCUCCAGUCCAAGACCAAACGCGGAACAACCAGCCCACAGUUCGACGAGCACUUCAUCUUUCAGGUGCCCAGCAAGAGUGUCACCCAGAGGGUGCUGAGGUUCACGGUGUACCACGUGGACAGGCAGAGGAAGCACCAGCUCCUGGGCCAGGUGCUGUUCCCCCUGAGGACGGAGACCCUGGCGGGCGACUGUCGGCGCAUCAUCUGGAGAGACCUGGAGGCUGAGAGCCUGGAGCCUCCCUCCAAGUUUGGCGACCUCCAGUUCUGCCUCAGCUACAACGACUGCCUGAACCGCCUCACGGUGAUCGUGCUGCGAGCCAAGGGCCUCCGACUCCUCCAGGAUGACGCGAGCUUUGUCAGUGUGCUUGUCAAGGUGUCUCUGAUGAACCACAACAAGUUUGUCAAGUGCAAGAAGACUUCGGCUGUGCUGGGCUCCGCCAACCCUGUGUACAGCGAGACCUUCAGCUUCAAGGCCGACCCUGCUGAGCUGGACACGGCGAGCCUCAGCCUGGCAGUGCUGCAGAGGGCCGAAGGGGACAGGAGCCGCGAGUUGGGCCGGGUGGUGGUGGGCCCCUACAUGUACGCCCGAGGCAAAGAGCUGGAGCACUGGAACGAGAUGCUUAGCAAACCCAAGGAGCUGGUGAGGCGCUGGCACGCGCUCUGCUGCACCACUGAGCCCUGA